AUAAACUUGAAUGUGAGAUACACCAAGGGAGCGAGAGAGGACGGGGGACAGAGAGAGGAGAGACUUGUCGACAUCUACGAUAAUGCGGGCACCGAAUAUCGAGUUCUCAAACAGGAUGGAAGAACGAGCACGCAGAGAAAAUCAUCCUCCAUCCGUCCAAAGAACCCGCGUCAGAGCUGCUGCACUGACUUUAGGUCUGCUGUGUCUCCUGCAGCUGGUUGGACUCAUUGUCCGGUCCACACUCCAUAUUUCAAUGCAGACCAAAAUUGAGGAGCUGCAGACCAGAAAUGAGGAGCUGCAGACCAGUGUUGACAAGCUGAAGAACAGUUACUGCUCGGAUACAAAUAACCAGACAGAAUGGAGGAGAUUAGGAUGCCGUUGUUACUUCAAAUCUACUGAGGUGAAGAACUGGACAGAGAGCAGGAGAGACUGUCUGGAGAGAGGAGCAGAUCUGCUGAUAAUAGGCAGCAUAGAAGAACAGGAUUUUACUAGUGAACUGAGUAAAGCUGAAACUUCCUGGAUCGGUCUGCGGGCAGUGACAAACAAAAAGCGUUGGGUUGAUGAAUGGAAAUGGGUGGACGGCUUACAUCCCACAUUCAGUGCCUGGAAGAGUGGCCUGGACAUAAAACCUCUGCACGGGGCUCUGUCCACAGCAUAUGUAGAUCUGGACGGAACAUGGACACAAACCAACAAUGGAUCUAAAAGAUGGAUCUGUGAGAAACAGAUCUCCUUUGUGUUAGAUGCUAUUUGAUUGUGAUGUAAACCCUUUGAUGCAUGCCAUUUUGACUUCUCUUUUUCCAAUCAUUCUAGCUGUCCUCACAUUAAAACCUAUAUAAUAAAGGCAACCAUGAGAAAAUGAACUGUCCUGAAUCACUCAGAAGGGGAAACUGUACAAAAAG